AUGCACGGAAAGGAACAAGUUGGAUACUUCUCAGAUACUCUUGAUAAUCAGCGAACCGGUGUUUGCAUGCCUCUCUUUACUCACGAAAAGCCGCCAUGCGCAGCUCACUCGGCAACAAAUGUUCGACCCCAACAACGGAAACGGAAACAUCUCAACCGAAUUUCUCUGUCCGCGCAUUACUAUACAAUUAACAGCACUGUACCCAGUGUAUGUCGUCCUCCAGGGCAUGGAGAUGGCUGCUGA